AUGAAGAUAAUCAUUCUUCUCUGUUAUUUCUUAACUACUACAAGUUUUCAAGGUGAACAUUUUGCUUUAAGUGGUCAAGGCAAUCGAUUCCAACCAAUUGAUAAUAUUCAAUUAUUAUCUAAUUUUUCUAAUGUUGAUGUUACGGCUUCAUGUGCUAUGUAUUGUUUACAAAAUACAUUCUGUCGUACUUUUGAUUUUGAUUCUAUUUCACAUCAAUGUCAUUUAUAUGAAGGAUCAGUUGAUACAGGUAUGAUUAUACCUGCUAAUUCAUCGAAUAUAAUCGGUUGGAUUGAAAUACUUCCAUCAAUGUUCCAUUUAUAUAAUGCAUCAGCUGAUCAAUGUAAAGAUAAUCGAUAUCUCUCAAGUGAUAUUGUAUCUAAUCGAUGUCAAUGUCCUGAUCGUACAUUUUGGAAUGGAUCAAUGUGUUUAAACCAAAGAUUCAUUGGUGAUACAUGUCAAGAAAAUAAUUGGUGUCGAAAUGAUUUGAAUAUAGGUUGUAUAUUAUCAAUAUGUUCAAUUAGUCCAACAACAACAAUUUCAUCAACUACAACUACUGCAACAUGUACAACUUUGAUUAAUUAUAAUGAUAUUGAAAAUCAAACAAAUACAUCAGGUGAUAUACCAAAUGGUUAUAAAAAUCUCCUUUGGACAAAUGCUGAAUAUAUAAAUGUUUCAUCAACUCCAAUUGAUAGUGGUUAUCGUAGUGCCGUUUCUAAUGGAGUUUUUGUAAUGCAAAAUAAAAAUAAUAAUAAUAUAACAAUAUCAACAGCAAAUGUGUGA